GUACCGCCAAAGACCAUAGAACCGCGAUCAAGGGGGAUUAUCUUCUUCACUUAUCUGGAUCCCUCGGGUCAACCCGACCCAGUUUGCAACCUAAAAUUGGAGCGAACAUCGAAAUCACCAUCUUCAUUUCCUGCGAUCUCAGCAGUAAAAUGGCUCUCCUGGUUCGGAACGCCCGGCGGUUGGCCCCGGCGGCGCCUCUUCUACAGCGCGCCGCGCCGAUCCACACCACUCUCCCUGCCUUGUCGCCGCAACCGUCGUCCACGCCGACUACUUACUCGCGCCCGCCUCCUCCUUCCACCUCGUCUCCGUCGGGACUGUCCAAGACGGCCGAGUUUGUCAUCUCGAAAGUCGACGAUCUGAUGAACUGGGCCCGCCGCGGAUCCAUCUGGCCCAUGACCUUCGGUCUCGCUUGCUGCGCUGUCGAGAUGAUGCAUACCGGAGCUGCGCGCUACGAUCUCGACCGGUUCGGUAUAAUUUUCAGGCCCAGCCCGAGGCAGUCCGAUUGCAUGAUUGUUGCCGGUACUCUCACCAACAAAAUGGCCCCUGCUCUUCGCAAGGUGUAUGACCAAAUGCCGGAACCAAGGUGGGUGAUCUCAAUGGGAAGCUGUGCAAAUGGCGGAGGCUACUACCAUUACUCGUAUUCCGUAGUCCGAGGUUGCGACAGGAUUGUUCCGGUUGACAUAUAUGUCCCGGGCUGCCCCCCCACUGCAGAGGCACUCCUCUACGGACUUCUCCAGCUGCAGAAGAAAAUCAACAGGCGCAAAGACUUCCUUCUUUGGUGGACAAAGUGACAGACACUCUGUAUCUCAUCUUUGUUUUCAUGUCUGUGGAGAAUAAAUUGAAACAAAUACUGAACUUUUCACUGGUAUGUUGUGUUGAUGUGAGGAAGAAGAAAAAAGAAAAUCUCACACUUUAAGGAAGAAGAAAAAAGAACAUCACUUGUUGUAUUAUUAUUAUUAUAUGUGGGAAUAUGUCUGCAUAUGUUUUUAUGGACAUGUUGAAAAACAUAUUUUCUCGUUAAUUAAAUGAUGUUUAUUUAUAUUACGGAGAUGGUGUCAAACGGCAGCCCAUGUGAUAAUUCGCAGGAAGCCCAAUAUAAGAUUUUAGCCCUAGGGUUCCUUCUCAACACUAUCUAUAUUAACCCAUAUUCUUCCCAUCUUCUCGCAAUCUUCUUCUUCCCCACCAUGGAUCAGAACUCGCAGCAACUCUUCUUCUUCCGUUUCCGUUUGAUCUGAUAUUUAUAUUUAUUAGAAAUCGAUUGUUUCGAGUGUUGUUUUGAUAUAUAAUUUUGAAAGAUCGUCGGCUCCAUCCAGAGUCAGCAGCAGCCGCCGGUCAAUGGCGGAUCCGUCUGCCGCUUGGAGCCCAAACGGAUUUUCCGGCCGAAGACUCAUGUUUUUGUUCAUCUGAUUUCGAUUCAUGACACAAUAAUCCGGAAACAUUUGUUUUCCCUCUGAUUUCUUGUGAAUUUAUUUAGUUGUCUCUUCCAAUACAGUGAAUUGAAUUGGGGCACUCGAAACAGACGACGGGUGUUUGGUGAAAUGAUUAUAUUAAAAAACACCUUUUGCACGGUGCCGAUAGAUGGAGCUACCCAUCACCACUGGAGGAAUUUUGUGUUUUUUUUCUGCCAUUUUUCUCCAAAUUUAUGGUAGCUAAAUCCUGUUUAAUUAUUGUUAAUAAUUAUAUUUUCGAAAGUGAGAUUUUAGCUUUGAAGAAAUUAGUUUCUGGGUAAAUUGCGGUGAUGAGACUGUUAACAUGUAAGAAGACCGAACUUUGUGUUCCCAGUCUUCAAUGAAAUUCUCUUGUUACG